AUGGGGAAUACCCCAACGGACGGGAUUUUGAAGGAUGGAAUCUGGGAUGGGAUGGAAUUGACCAGCGGUCAGCUGUUGACCUGCUUAGGGACUGACUUCCACCGUGGAGCUGGAGUCCUUGAUGUCUUCUAUGAAACACCUUCCCUUCUCCUUUCGUGUGGGUAUGACACCUACAUCCGCUACUGGGACAUACGGACCAGCACCAGGAAGUGUGUCCAGGAGUGGGAAGAGCCCCACGACAGCGCCCUGUACUGCGUCAGGAGCGACAGGAACCACAUGAUCGCCAGCGGCUCGUCCUACUACGGCGUGGUGCGCCUCUGGGACAAGCGGCAGACACGGUGCCUGCAGAGCUUUCACCUCUCCUCACCCACCAGCAGCCCCGUGUACUGCCUGCGUUUCAGCACCACCCAUCUCUACGCUGCCCUGGCCUCAGCCCUGCACGUCCUCGACUUCACCGCCCCGUGAAGGGCACCGCAGCUGCUCCUGCUCACCCCGACUCAGCAGAGUUGGCACUUGGCUCAGGGAAUCACAGGGCAGGGGAGGUGAGAGUGGCCCCCAAGCCUUCUGAAGGGAUAUUUUUUUUAUUUUUUUUUUUUUGCCUGCCAGAAAGCUACACCCAAGAGUGCACAAAGGGCCAGACUUUCUCAACCUCACCUGCCCGUUAGGGGAAUAAAACAUAUUGUCCUUUACCCUUUUUAUUUCGUGCAAGUCAGGGUUUGUUUUAUUAACUGUGUUUUAUUUUCUUUUUCUUUUUUUUUUAAGUCUUUUUUUCUGUGGAUACAGCGUUUGAGGGGCAGGUUGAGCCAGGAUGCCCCACGAGCUGGUCAGGCUGAGAUCAGCCAAGCUCUGAGCCACGUGAAGCAAGUCGAGGCUGUGUGUGGGGUGGAGACUGAUUUGGUGAAAGGGAAAGGUGCCUGGAGCAGGGCCCACCUUUCUCCUGCCCUUGCUCUCCCCACGGCUGCUUGGGUUUGUCCCGUGCAGCCAAGAGGGAGAAUGGAGCUCAAAGGCAGAGCCAGCCCUGCUGUCAGUGUGUGCCUCCCCGAGCUGGCCGUCAGGUCAGGCUCUGCACUUGGCAGGGCUCAAACGGUCGCCUUUUGCUAAAUAAAACUCUGAAGGGAAAC